AUGUACAUGAUACGCCCGCGACCGGUGCGAUCGCAUCAACACUCGCAGCUCCUCCAGACGGAGCAAUUUUUCCAAAACGGAUCGCUGGCAUGGCGGUACGACCAAGACGACGAUGAUGAGCACGAGCACGAGUACGACUCGGACUCGGACUCGGCGCCGGCCUACAUGGACGUGGGCCACUUUCGCUGGUUCUGGCCGUGGGGCGUCCGGCGCAGCUCAACCUUUGACACGAUGCCCUCUGGUUCGCAGCGGCUUCCCCUCGCCGCCCUCCUGGCCCCGUCAUCCAUUACGCCCCAGCCCUCGAGCCUGCUGCUGACGCGGCUGCCCGCCGAGCUACGGCUGCACAUUUGGCGGCUCGUGCUGCAGACGCGGUGCAGCGCGGUGUGGACGUACGAUGCGCGGUCGCCGGCAUGGCGGCCGGACCGGCGGGGCGCGCCGUACAUUGACGCGGCGCUGCUGCGGACCUGCAAAGCCGUGUACGCGGAGACUUGGGACCUGCCGAUGCGGCUGACGCGCGCGGUGCUGGCGGACGGGAGCCCUGCGGACAAACCCGGCGAGUGGGCCGGGGUGGUGCUCGCGCCGGGGGUGCUGGUGCCGCACGCGUGGCAGGUGCUGCUGCUGAGGGAGGCCGAGGUGACGAUGCAGCAUUUUAGGCUCGAGGCCGGGUUUUUGGAGGCGUGGGUGACGGCGCUGGGCAAGUUGAAGGCGGCGGCGGCGACGUGCGUGGCGGAUCUGGUGAGGGAGAGGAGGGAAGCAGGAGAAGGAGAAGGAGAAGGAGAAGGAGAAGGAGGGGGGGUGGUGAAUGAAGAGGUGGUGAGGGUGCUGGGGGAGAGGCAGCCGCUGGAGGAGAUUGUGGUGAGGAUGAAUAGGAUGGAUUGGUGGACGUGGACGAGUACGCCGCCGAAGCCGUGGCCGGAGAGCCUACCCGGGGAGUGUGUGGCGGAUGUGAGAGGCGUGGGGAGGCGAAAGAGCAGGGCAACGAGGCGUACAAGGGGAGAAGAGGAAUGGGAGGAGCAGAGAGGGAGAUGGAUAAGAAAGGAUGAGAAUGAGGAUGGGGAUGGAGGUGAUGCGUCGUCGGGGCAGCAGACGGAUGAGGAGACUAUAGAGCAGGAUAUACAAAGCCAUAAUGGAGGCAUUGUGCUGGAGGACACGACAGUUACGAGUGAGAUGAGCUACGGCCACGUCGACGACGAAGAAGACGACGACGAUGACGAUCUCGGCGGCUACUUUUCCGACCACACCGCCAGCAGCACCGCCUCCUCCGCCGUCUACGUCUUUGACGCCGCCACGCUGCCCUCAUCCCUGCACCUCACGCCCCUCGCCACCGGCCUCUGGGACCGCAACCCCUCGUACGGCGUGCUCUCGCCGCACCUGCGCAUCACGCUGAUGCUGGAGACGUUUGGCCCCAAGAGCCUGCAGCUGGACGCGGCGCUGGCCGAAGCGCAGACGUGGCGGCUGCCGAUGCCGCCAGACCACCACCAGGAGGGCCGGGUGCUGGCGUGGGAUGGGAGGCCGGUGCGCGAGUAUCACUGGCUGAGGGAUGUGGGCGGCGAAGAGGCGGAAGGAGCGGCGUUUUUGAGGAUGCCGGAGCUGAGGGCCACGGCAGAGGGCGUGGUGGUGAAGAUGAUGACGCUGGUGCCGAGGAGUGCGUAA